AUGGAUACCGAUCAGUGCGGAGUUCUCCACCCCAACGAGAAGGUUGCUCAUUGGAUCAACAAUAGCAUUGGGUCAAACAGCAGGAGGACCUUGGACGCUCAACAACAUGCGAGACAAGCCCAGAGCUACAGAGAUCUAAUGGAAGAGCUUUUCAAAUCCAAUGAAUUACAUUCUCGUGGAUCAAUGUUUGGCUUGGAUAGUCAGGUUCGACCUGAUCAGAAGAGAUCCAAAUAA